CAACAUAAUAUCGUUGAUUGUAAAUAUCAACAUCCGGCCCAACCUAAGAUAGCAUAACAACAACAUAAAUCAAUUAGUAUAUAAAUUAAAUAAAUCAUUAUAACAACAACAACAAUUGGGUAAAAUGAGUACGUACCGUUUGAUAAUCAUCAUAGAAAAUGCCCUCUUCUUGGGUGAAAUAGGCCAUUUUUUCCGAAUCCGGACAGAGAUUCGACGGUUUUUUAGUGAAAACCAAAGAAAUUUUUUUUUGAAGGCAGAUCGGACUUAGCCGCAACCAACAAAAUAACUAAUUCUAAGGUUUUUGGGUGGGGAGGGGGGUGGGUAGAGUGAGGAGUUAGAGGGAGGGGGGGAGGAAUGGGUUGGUGUGCAGAAAAUGGGAGGGGGAAGGGGGGUUUAUUUAGGGACGAAACCGCGUGAGGGAGGGGCGGCUUCGUCCUUUUACCCCGCCUAAAACCGCGCCUCAAGCGCGCGUUUACCUUUCCCCAACAGUCAAACCGCGCUUCGGGGGAGCGGUUUGAGUGAGCGACGCGGAUCGCUGAGCUGGCGCACAGUUUGACUGUCAGAUCGCUCCCCCAUCGCACGGUCUUAUGCACCGCCACGUGGCCACGCGGUUUGACAGCUAGGAAGAGUCAAACCGCCUGUGGAACGCGCGGUUUGACACUUAAUCGCGCCUUGGACGCGCGUUUUGGUUUAUAACCGCGCCUUCGAGGUGCGUUUUGUGUGGAAGGGUGCUAUUUUUGGAAAUUGUAGGGAAUGUGUGGCAUUUUUGUAAUUUUUUUUAAUAGUGGUAGUUUUGGAUUUUUUUCCAAAAAAAUGAGUGUACCAAAGUAGCCAUUAUAAUACGAGUCUCGCAAAACAUGCAUUUAAUUGCUCUUCUUGGUUGAACACUCGAAGUUGAUGAGUUGUUAUUUAAUUUAUCGAGUUCUGUAUGUACGAAGACAAUAAGAAAACUAAAAUUGAUGCCAAUAUUGAUUCUCAAUUGAUUAAAUUAAAUUGAAGAUCUUUUGGGAAAUUGGGAGGGAAGGCAACAUUCAUUCAUGCAUUAAGUAGGGGUAGGCGUCACUUCCUAUAUUCAAUCUCUUCGAUCGGCAUCCAAACCCACAUUCACAAAAUUUUGUAACAAUCAAUAAACGAUAAUAUCGAUCCAAUAUCAAAAGUAAUUAUGGAUACUCGUUCGUAUAGGUACUGUUUACACCAAAAAUAAUCUUAUACCAAAUUAUUUACAAAAUUGAUUAUUUACAAUGCAUUAAUUGCCUUUAUAAGGACAGAUCAAUAAUAACAAUUAAUAUUAUUUAAGCUGAGCCUUAUGAUAUUAGAUUUUUAAGCCCAAACCACUAAGUCUCUGGGUAGGAACUAAUCUCGUCGCGAGUUGGGUAGCCCAACGUGGUCGCAAGAUUUAGACUACGUUGACGUCAGGCCUAGUAGACCGAUGUGGUCACGAGACGUUGAUCCAGACCACAUUGGCGACGUUGGUGUCAAGCCUAAUAGACCGACGUGUUCGCAGAUCUAGACCACAUUGGCGUCAAGCCUAGUAGACCAACGUGGUCGCGAGAUCUAGACCACGUUGGCGUCAAGCCUAGUAGACCGAUGUGGUCGCGAGAUCUAGACCACGUUGGUGGCAAGUCCGCUAGACCGACGUGGUCGCGAGAUCUAGACCACGCUGGUGUCAAACCUAGUAGAGCGAUGUGGUCGCGAGGUCUACACCACGUCGGCGUCAAGCCUAGUAGACCGAUGUGGUCGCGAGAUCUAGACCACAGUGGCAUCAACUCCGCUAGACCGAUGUGGUCGCGAGAUCCAGACCACGUUGGCAACGUUGGAGUCCAGCUUAGUAGAUCGACGUGGUCGCGAGAUCUAUACCACUUUGGCGUCAAGUUCGCUAGACCGACGUGGUCGCGAGAUCUAGACCACGUUGACGUCAAGUCUAGUAGACUGAUGUGGUCGCGAGAUCUAGACCACUGUGGCAUCAACUCCGCUAGACCAAUGUGGUUGCGAGAUCUAGACUACGGUGGCGUCAAGUUCGAUAGACCAAGGUGCAGGGAUGGAGCGAGAAUUUUUGGAUAGGGGGGCCAAAUUUUUUUCUUUUCCCAACACAAUAUUUGUAUAAAAGAUACCUAAAAUUCAAACACAACUCAUUCGAUUUAUAUCCAACCCCUAAUUAGAUGAUGACCAUCUCAUACCAAGGAUACCAUCCAAUUCUUAAGUGAAUGACGAUCAUCCCACAUCAUGGAUUUCAUCCAACCUCUAAGUCUAUGGUGACAAUCUCAUAUCAUGGAUAUCAUCCAAUCUCUUAGUGGAUUGUAUCAUCUCAUAUUAAUGGAUACCAACUGGAUGAUACCAUUCAGGUUGAAGUAUGGUGACCAUCAAAUCUAACAUGACGACUUCAUGGAUGGUCGCUACGACAUGAUCAUGUGCCCAAAGACUUCGAUUGGCAACAACUGACUCGCUUAGGUACUAUUGCUUUUUGGGAAGAGGAGAGAGAGCAGUUGUAUGAAUCUCAAACAAAACUUGAAGCAAUCUUUUGGAGCAAAGGUUAGAAACACAAUCCAACAACAUAUAAUCUCAUUUAUUCCUUUUCAUUUUUCUUUGUAGUUGUUUACCCAUAAAAAUUAACCUUAUACCACAUCGGUUAAAAACAAGGAAUUAAAUGGCUUUAUAAGG